AUGCCUCGUCAAGGCCCAAAAUCUUGGACUGCUCUUGAGGAGGAGGUCUUCCUCCAAAGUCAGCUCCCUGCCUAUAUUGCCUGUCAGGCGACAAAGGUUUACCACAACUUUUGGAAUGCUACGAUCCACAAAUUUUUAAGCCGUUGGCCGGAAAGAGCACGUCUAACUGAUAUCCCACAGGAAGGCGAGCUCAGUGAUAUACAGAAGUCUUGCGUGGCACAAGCUAUCCUGAAGCAACAAUCUGCCAUUAAAAACUGGUUUCGAUGGCGUACAAAUGUUGCGCGUCUGGCCCGCUCGGGCAGGUCUCAUGGUGUCUUACGGCUCGAUACCACACUGGCUGGAGAUGAAAUGAGAGGGACACGUGCUCCACAGGAAGUCGAGAUUUACUCACAAAUGCAUUAUGAAGGUCGGGUCAAAGCCGAGGCUGAUGCUUUGAUUGCCUCUGAGACCGUCACUUCACGUGGCGACAAAUUGUCAAUGCGAAGGAUUGUCACCUGUGAUAAAUAUGCAAAAGAACCUGAAGAAAUCAAAGCAGAG